GCCCUGAGAGCUAACCAAAAAACGAGGCACAGACAGUGUUGGCGUUUGAUCUGCAGACCAACAGAACAAACUAUGAGUACAAUUAGCGCACGUAGCCGCCGUAUUGGCAGCAAAUACGCUCAGCAGUCGCAACGGAUUCGCGAGAGUGAGCGCAACGUUACCAAUGUGUUGACGGCAAAACGCGAAAAAGGCCAAAAUAGUGAAACACAUAAAGGGCCAAAACGUUAGAGGGAAGGGAAGAAGACGCUUGCAUUGAGUUGUGGUGUGUGGCAUGAAAGACAAAAACUAUUUGUGUUAAAAUGUGUGCUGAAGGAAUUUUGUGAGAAAUGACAAAAAAAAAAUCCUGAUACGUGAAUAAUUUCAAUAUUCUUGUGUAAAAAGUUGCACAGCGCACGUGCUACUCUACUAGCCACAUACACACUCCAUACCAUCAAAACUAGGCUCAAGUGAGAAACGUGAUCGCACAAGAAAUGAUUAGGUGCCGCUGGCGCUGAAGAAUCAAGCAGACACAAAAAAAAAACAAAAUAAAAUAAAACUCAAAACAAAACUAAAUAGAGAUUAUAAACAAAGAAAAGACUUAAGCAGCAAGCGUCUGCAACCACAAAAAUAAACUAUUAAAACUAACAGUUAGCGUGUGCUGUGGAGCGUAUAAGUGCAGUGAAGUAGUAGUGGCAGUGUUAGUUGCAACAUUAAUUAACAGACAUCAAUUACAUCAACAAUAACAUCAAAAAAAAAAAAAACAUCGUAUAAAAAUAAUAGCGUCAAACAACUGAGACCAUUCGCUCAGUUUGUCACUAAGUACGGUGCAACAACAAUGGGCACACGUGUUCCACCACCUUGCCCCACACCAUUACACUGCGAUCAGGCCGCUAUGGCUGGCCUGCCACAGCUCAUUACCGACUUGCAACGUCUAUCUGAGGAUCAAGAGAGUGCCGAUUUGGUAUUUAUUUGCGGACGUGAAGAGGAGAGAAUUUAUGCGCAUCGCAUUUUACUGAUGGCACGCUGCAAGAGCUUUAAGACUGCAAAGCGUGGUGAAAUCUGUCGUAUUCCCGGCUGCUCCGUAUCACCAGCGGCGCCGGGGACGCCUACACCAGUGCGCCUGCCACAUGUCAAUCCGGAUGUAUUUCGCCAGUUCAUCGUUUACGUAUACACAGCGAAGAUAUUGCUUCAAGACUCACGUGUUUUCGAAAUGAUGACGCUUGCACAAGACAUGGGUGUGGAAGAAUUGCGCGCCGCCUGUGAAGAUCAUGUAAUUUCAACGCUGUCGGUUGACAAUGCAUGCACUUUUCUUACUUCCGUCAUGGAAAUACACGAAAAAGCAGGUGCAAAAUGUGCAGCUUCAUUCAUGGAACGCUGUAUCAUUUAUAUAGGCGAGAAUGCCGGCGAGUGCGCUAAGACCAAUGCCUUUCUCAACUUAACCAAGGACGCAUUAGUCAAGUUAAUCUCAUCAGAUUAUUUUUGUCUCGAAGAGGAGGACGUUUGGCGUUGUGUACUUGCCUGGGCAAAAAACCAAGCAGGCGUCACACAACCCACUGCACAUUGGAGUGAAGAGGAACGUGCCCGCGUUUGUCAGCAUCUAUCUGGCGUAAUGUGCCAUGUACGUUUGCUAUUGAUUGAUAGUCAAGUAUUCGCCGAGGAAGUGGAACCCACCGGUGCUGUUCCUAUGGAAUUGUCCUUGGAGCGUUAUCGCUAUGCCGCUUUACAUUCAAAUAAAGGUGCUGGUGGUGGUGGCCCACCAAUGUUGCCCUCAAUACCUGGUAUGACUGAAGACGAUAAGCGUUUGCAACCGCGUUUGACCGUUAAUAUGUUUCCGGGCUCACAGUUGCUCCGAAAUGAUAAGUUGCACUUGCAGAGCGUGCUCAAUGGUUGGUAUGGCAUGCCCAAACAAACUUGGCGUUUGGUAUAUCGCGCCUCUACGCAUGGCUAUUCAUCAGGCACUUUUCAUCGCUAUUGUGAUGGGGUAGCACCCUGUUUUGUUAUUGGCAUUGGUUCACGGGGCGAACUAAGUGGCGGCUACACAGAUGUAGCUUGGGCAAAAACCAGUCGUAAAGGUGGCUACAUACAUUCUGAACGUGCUUUUCUCUUUGCUCUCAAUCCCGCAGGUGGAGAUCCACCGGUCAAAUUUGAUAUAAUCAAAAAACCAUAUGCUAUUUGCUAUCAUCCAGAUUGCGGUCCUAUAUUUGGCGCUGGCGCUGAUCUGCUCGUCACCAACAAUUGCAAUACUAAUAUGGAAUCAUAUUCGAAUUUACCACAUUCAUAUGAUGGUCCAAAUGCUUCGUAUAUGACAUUAUUUGGUGAUUACAACUUUACAGUGGUUGAUUAUGAAGUUUAUACUUUAGCCACAACUUCAGCUGUUGGUAUUGGUGGCGCUGGAGUUGGCUCCAUAAAUAAUAAUGGCAACAACAAUAGUCAUUCUGGCAAUAAUUCUAGCAACAACAAUAACAAUAUAACUUAUAAUAACGGUGGUAAUAACAAUGGCAGCGGAAAUUUGACAUCUAGCGCCGGUGGUGGUGGUGGCGUCAAUAAUGCCGGUGUAGCUGUUGGCAGUGGUAGCGGUGGUGGUGGUAGCGGUGGCAUGCAUAAACCGAAAUAUGAUAGAUAUUAAUGGCGUACAGUUUUUCUUAAUGAAUUUCCAUUUUGUGAUGAGUCUGUAUUUUUGUGCCUUCACAGCCUUUACUUUAUUCGUAAUUUCCUGAACUUUGUAAUUUGAUAAAUUAAAAAAUCACAAUUCAGCUAUGGCGAUUAUUAAUUAGUAUUUCUUAAAUAUUUACUAUUAAAAUCUUAAGUUUCUAUACUUUUUAA